AUGGGCUGGUUUCCUGCAACCAAGUGGCGCUUCUUGCGACAUCUGAGCUUGGCCGACAAUGCUCUGACCAACAUAUCAGUUGCAAGUCUGGCUCCCUUGGCAAACACAUUACAGUCUCUUGAUAUUUCUGCCAAUUUAUUUGCUGAGAUUCCUGACAGUCUUGCCAGCCUGACCUGUUUGCGCGCACUGAACCUGUCCAAUUGCAUGAUUGACAGCUUGCACUCUUUGGGUCGUAACCCGCUGCCAGCCAUCACGACGCUCAACCUUCGUUCCAACCGCUUGACAUCGUUGGCUGGUGUUGAGCGACUGCUAUCUCUGGAGCGGGUCGAUUUCCGUGAUAACAGGUUGACUGAUCCUACAGAAGUUGCGCGACUGACUGGUGUUCCCGACAUAACUGAUAUCUAUGUCAAUCGCAAUCCGUUUUGCAAGACGCACUCCACCUACAGAGUGACCAUUUUCAAUCUGUUCCGCAAGACGCCAGGCUAUACGGAAGAUAUUGUCAUCGAUUCUGUAGGACCUAGCAAUGCCGAGAAGAAGCAACUCGUUGACCGAGUUCCCGAACGCCAUGGUGUUCCCAUCGUUAAGCCGCCACCCGAGGAUGACUCGCAACCCCCGCGACACGUACCACCAAAGGUUGUCAAAUCUGUCGAUACUUCCUCCGACAUAACAGGUGUGCUUCAGCGUACCGGUUCCCUGCAACGUACCAAGAGUGGGCGCAGUGCACAAGGUUCCCAAAAGAAGAAGAAGGGCCCUAAAAGGAGAAUUGUCGAGCUCUCUCAGACCGACUCGCUGCAGUCGUCAUCGCACUCUAGUUUGACAGGGUUGGCAUACGAGGAUACUGUCGUCGGACAAGCCCCUAAGAUCACGAAGACAGCAAGCAACACAUUGGCCACGGAUACGCCCCGGCUUGUAGAGCCGUCUAAGGGACAAGUUUCUGGGGAUCCUACCAAGAAGAGUAUUUUAGAGGAGCGUACAGUCGCACACGAACCUCACACAAGCCACCAACAGUUGCCCUCAAUCGAUACCGCACCCCCGACCAAAACCGCGGAUCCGGAAUCAACGGAAUUCGACGUCGGUGAGGACUUGUACAAGAAGAAGAUCGAAGCCCUUCGGCAAGACUUCGGUAACACAUGGCUUAGCGCGCUAGGAGACGAGAGCUGGGACAACACGUCGCUCCCCUACCAUGCGGCCAACACUACCUCGUACACCGAGCCAAAGCAUCGUUUCUGGUCGUACACUUGGCUGACCUAA